AUGACAAAUCAGAAAGAGGAAUCAAAAAAUGAGAGAAAAGCAGUAAUACUUGGCACAGGACAUAAAGCUCUUUUUUUCAAACAAUUGUGUGAUGCUGCAACCAAGUACGAGAGACAUGUUCACUAUCCAGAUGUUCACUAUCUUACUGUAGAUCAUAUGGGAGCCGAGCAAGUGGUCGAAAUCACCGAUCCAGGAUUGGCACGAACCGGAAAUCGUGAGAUGGCUCUGACGGAUGCUGACUACGCUAUCCUCUACUACUCGUCUGUUAACAUCGACUCUCUUCAAGCACUCCAUCCAUUGAUCCAACCGCUUCAGAAUCGAAAAAACCUACCAAUUCUCCUUGUCUGUGACUCCGAUGAAGUCAUCCUCGAGGAAACGGCAUCACAGCAUACAAAUUCCACAUCAGAAGGCUAUGAAUCAGAUGACCGAGAUGGUAUGAAGAGACACUAUUCGAUGGAACAAAUUCGUAAAAGUUUGGAUGACAACGUGACUUCAGUACUCGACCAGGGGGAGAAAUUGGCUCAAGAUUUGGGGACACGAUGCUCGUUCCUAAAAAUCAGCUCUAGUAACUCUUCAGAUGCUAAGAAGGUGUUAACCCAGAUGGUGAUAUCUCUCCAUAAAUCUGGGCCAGUUCGAAAUCGAAGGAUGUCUAAAAUUGCCAAUAUGCUACGUUCGAAGUCAUCCGACAAAUCAUCCGACGAGAAUAUGAUAUUUGAAGCGGUGAAUGAGAAGAAAAGUGAGAAGAAAAAGGAAAAGAAGGGAGGAAGAAUGGAAGACUCCAAAGUGUGCAUUGUGAUGUGA